GAACGGAGGCAGCUCUCGCCGCCAGCUGUGGGUGAAGGCGGUGCGCAAGAUCACCUCCCAGCGGCUGCUGGCUGUGCCUCCGCCCCCAGCCACACCGCCCCCAGCAGUCGCCGCCGGCGAUGUCCGCCUCACGCCACUCAGGAGGGACUGUUCCGAACCAGACGGGGACUCCCCAGCAGCUGGUGACGCUGUCGUUGCCGUUGAGGCGACCAGCCCAGCAGGUGAUGGCGAUCCUGAAGACCCACUUGCUGCCACCACGUUGUCCGCCGCAGGCGGCAGCAGCGGCGGCGAGGAGGCGGCGCCGACGGCGUCCGGGGCGGUGUUCAAGCGCGGCAUGGUGUACCGCGGCAUCUACUGCCCCUCGCUGACCAACAGCUUCCGCGAGUCGCACCUCGAGCUGGCGUACCAGCGCUACUCGCACCGGCAGCGCCAGCGCUCGCUCAUCGUGGUCAACCUGGUGGACCUGCUGCUGAAGGCGGUGCUGGGCGGCGGCUGGGCCGUGCACACGGGCGCCGGCACCGUGCCGCAGGCGCAGAGCAUCGCCUGGACCGCCUGCUCCGCCUCCGCCAACGUCGCCGUCUGCGCGCUCGGCUGGUGGCGCUGCUUCGCCAACAACUACCUGCACUGGGCCGCCAUCUGCACCUGGCUGCUGCUCAACGCACAAGGCUUCGUGGGCGACGGCAUCGGCUUCCCGUACCAGGAGUACCUGGUGUGGUACGUGCUGUUUAUCGUGUUCGUGACGUACGCGAUGUUGCCACUGCCGCUGCGCUGGUGCAUGAUCCUGGGCUGCGCCACCGCCGCCAUCCACAUCAUCACCUCAGCCUUCAACUACGCCGCGCCUUCCAAGCAGGUGGUGGACCUGCACUCGGUGCUGCUGCAGCUGUGCACGAAUGCGAUGCUGUACGUGGCGGUGAACUUCGCCGGCAUGUACACCAAGUACCUGACGGACCGCGGCCAGCGCAAGGCCUUCCUGGAGACCCACCGCUCCAUGGAGACGCGCUGCCGCACCCAGAAGGAGAACGACCGCCAGGAGAAGUUGCUGCUCUCCGUGCUACCGGAUUUCGUAGCGAAGGAGAUGAUCAGAGACAUCUCCAAAGAAGAGGAGAAAGGGUCUUUCGUGCCAAAUCAGUUCCAUAAGAUCUACAUCCAUCGAUAUGAAGACGUGAGCAUCCUCUUUGCUGACAUCAAAGGAUUCACAGCUUUGGCGAGCCAAUGCAGCGCGCAAGAACUAGUUCGCGUACUCAACGAUCUAUUUGCACGAUUCGACAAACUUGCCACAGAGACACACUGCCUGCGCAUCAAACUUUUGGGAGACUGCUACUACUGUGUCUCUGGUUUGCCAAAAGCACGUGCCGAUCAUGCUCACUGCUGUGUGGAAAUGGGGCUGCAUAUGAUCAAGGCUAUUCAGCAUGUACGCCAGAGAACACAGGUAGAUUUAAAUAUGCGAAUUGGCAUACACUCAGGUUCUGUUUUAUGUGGAGUACUUGGGCUGCGGAAAUGGCAGUUCGAUGUUUGGUCUUAUGAUGUAACUCUUGCCAAUCACAUGGAAAGUGGAGGUAUUCCAGGGCGAGUCCACAUCUCAAAGGCAACAUUAGAUUGUCUUAAUAAUGCCUAUGAAGUGGAGCCUGGAUACGGUGAGACCCGUGAUAAUUACCUGAAGGAACAAGGAGUUGAAACAUUUUUAAUAAAGCAAGUGGAGCCUCUAAGACCACGGAAGAGAGUAUAUCAAGGACGUUAUUCAAGGCCACGGCUGUGGUCAGAAGAUGAGAAGGCUGGGACAAUGGUUACUGUUAUCUCCAACAAUAACAAUAAUAGUUCUGUCAUCACCACUGCUCACAAUAAUCAAUCAUCUAUAGAUGACGAAACAACUACUGAUUGGCAACCAGAAAUUCCAUUUGGAAAUCUUGACUAUAGCAAUGGAGCUAUGGGAGAUCCAUUUCAAAAUGAUGAUACUGAUGAUGACGAUGAUGAAGCAGGUCACAAAUCACCUCCACCGGAUAUUCAUCACCUCACUAUGGCUGAACAAGUUGAUGAAAUCAUUGAUCACAGCAUAGAAAUUGAAAGCAAUAAAAGGAUGAGAGAUGCUAAUGUUAAUGCAUGGACACUACAUUUUAAGGACAACUCUAUGGAAAAGAAGUUGUGUACAUUCAGCCCCAAGUUUGAUACAGAAUUUGGUCCCAGAUGUACUGGUAGGAAAUGGUUUUGUCAACUGCGGGAAGAUAUGUUCAAAUCCAACAUGCUGUGCUGCUUCAUAAUAUGGAUCUUUGUUGUUAUAUGCCAAGCUAUUAUCUUGCCAAGUUCGGUGGUACUGAUAAUGACACUGUCAGUGACUACUUUUCUGCUAACCUGUGCACUCGUCCUCGUAAUGGCUGAGGAAUUUCAGCAGCUACCUGUUGUCCUGCAGACAAUGUCCAGUGUCCUCGUGCAUCACCGCAACAGACGCACUGCCUUCAUAUGUGGUGUUGUCGCCCUUAUGGCAGUCACUGCAUCUGUCAGUCUGGUCUGCUGUCCAACACAAGAAACAGAGACAGAAUACUUGCUAGGAAAUGAGUCAGCUCCAGUGGCAAUGGUAAAUAAGGUGGUUUCAUCAAUGGCCAUGGAGUUUGCUACUCAUGAGUAUACUUCCAGUAGUACUGGCAGACCAGCUGUGAAUGAAUCUAGAAACUCAACACACACUGCAGACUCAAAUGCAAGGAUAAAAAUGUUAAAUACUGUCACAACACAUAAGCCUCUUGCUAGAAGGAGGAGGCAGCUGCAAAUUUCUACUCAGAAUAACACGACUGAUCAGCUUUCACCCAGAGAAAACUUCUCUCAUGUGAUAAAGGGCAAGAACAGAAGCAGUGAUCUCAGUGUCAAUAUGAAUUAUGUACAUAACAAAAACAAAACCAAUGUUGAACUGUCAAGAGUGGCAGGGAAUGCAUCAGUAAGGACGUUCAGUAAUACUGAUGAUUCAAUGCAGAAAGAAAUGUUUUCUAAUUCUCAGGACUGGGGAGGUAAAUCUGUCAUGCAGCAGUUAAAUAAAAUCAGAACUCAGGACAACACCAGUACGUCAAGUAAUGGCUUCUCCUUUUUAAAGAAUCUGUCACUAAGUUUAAGUGAACGAUACCGGAGGUUGGCAGAAGAUCUCAUUUAUAGUGAUACAGUGAAAACAUUCCAUAAUAUGACAGUAAAUAAACGAUUACCACAUGACAACAGUGAAGCAGAAAAAUGUAUUCAUCCAGAAUACAUUGUUUUCACAUGGGUUUUGUGUCUCAUGGCUCUUGCAACAUCACUGAAGCUGUAUUAUCUUGUGAAGACUGCACUGGCUUUCACAAUGGUCACAGUAUUUUAUGUUCUCAUACUGGUUGCAUACCCAGAAGUUUUCUUUAUUGAACCAGAAGAAGAGUCAACACUACCACUUUAUACACAAAUGCUGGUGCUACUCACUGUUUUUCUGAUUAUGGUGAUAUAUCAUGCACGCCUUGUGGAAGUAACAUCAAGACUCGAUUUCCUCUGGAAACAACAGGCUGAACGAGAACUGGCAGACAUGAUGGAAACACGGCAAAAUAAUACGCAGUUACUGAAAAACAUUUUACCAGACCAUGUUGCAAAACAUUUCUUAUCUGAAGAUCGCCGAACUGAGGAGCUGUAUUCCCAGUCCCGUGACAAAGUUGGAGUGAUGUUUGCAAGUAUACCCAACUUCACAGAAUUUUAUUCAGAGGACAUAAACAAAGGAAUGGAGUGCAUUCGUUUGCUGAAUGAAAUUAUUGCUGACUUUGAUGAGCUCUUAGAUGAACCGCGAUUUAAGUGCAUUGAGAAAGUCAAAACAGUUGCAUCUACUUAUAUGGCUGCUUCUGGUCUAAACCCCACUCACAAGCCAGAUGAAGAUGAACUGGAACAUCUGUGUGCCCUUGUAGAUUUUGCUCUAGCAAUGAAGCAACGUCUUGAUGAUGUUAACAAACAUUCCUUCAAUAACUUCCAUCUCAGAGUUGGUAUCAGUUGUGGUCCUCUUGUAGGAGGUGUUAUUGGUGCUCGAAAACCUGUUUUUGAUAUCUGGGGAAAUACUGUAAACGAAGCUUCUAGGAUGGACUCUACAGGAACGAUGGGACAGAUACAAGCACCCAAAGAAACUGCAAUGAUACUGGAAGCUAGAGGCUACCAGGUACAACUCAGAGGGACAAUAGCAGUGAAAGGUAAAGGUGAUAUGGAAACAUACUAUGUUCUUGGACGCCGUACGAGUAGAUCUGCAACAUUUACUAGGCAACCCAGCCAGUACAACAGCUUAGCUGCUGUUGUUUACGGAAUGGUACAAGCAAGACGCCGCCAGACAAUCCGUAAGGGAAACACAUCAAGCAGCACUGCUGUUGGACGAGCACGAUCUCAACAGCAGAAGAAGGAUGGGAAUAAUAUUGCUGGAGGUGGAAUUGUUAACCGUUUUAAUAACUACAGCAGUGUUAGAUUAUCAGGACGUCCAACAUCAAAUUCUGCUCACAGAAGUAUGGGACGGGGUAGUGUGCGACAGCUAUCGGUUGAUCCCAAUGCUAUGCGUAACAACAGUGGUAUUUUGUGGAGUUUACAACAACAGCAGCAGCAUUCUUCUGCUCCACAAACCCCACUGGUUUCUGAACACAACCCUGCACAACAGAAACCAGCUUUUCCUUAUGUUGAACCAAAACUUGUCACAAAUGGCACCAAAGAUCCUCCAACCAUUCCUAGAUGAGACUUGUAAUUUUUGAUGCCAUGUCCUGGUAUGUGCAAGAAAUAUGUGUGGUUAACUCUCCAUCUCUAUUUAGUUGUGGACUCCUGAGUCAUUAAUUACAUCAAGAAAAACCAUAUACUGAUGUUGCAUACUUCUUGCUCUCGGAGUUCAGAUAAUGCCACUGGUCUGAGUUUGAAAUGUAAAAAAGUAGAGAUGAUAUAUUUUUGUAGUAUUUAAGUUUACAAAAUAAAUUUAGUACAAAACUUCUUGUGACAUUCUGAAAUUUUACUUUUAAGGUAUCUUUUCUUGUACUUGUGUAGGCCUUUUGUUGGCACUUAAUUUACUGUCUUUCCUUUCCACAGUACUUUUGUAUAUACUUGACAUUAUUGUAAAAACAUUGUAUAUACUUAUUAUAUGUGGCAUAUAUACAUAAUUGUUAUGAGGAAACUUCCUAUUCAGAUGGACAGUUUUGAAUUGUAAAAGGUAACACAAUACAAAAUGACAGUAUAUUUACAUCAUAUUGUUUUGUAUAUACUCCUUGGUAAAUGUACAUAAGUUUUUGAUAGUUGAACCACAUUUUCUAUUCAUGUUUUGUAUUUCAUUUUUGUACUGUUUUUGACAUCCCACAAAAUAUUUAAGACUUCCAUUAGAAUAAAGAGAUAGGUUUGAUACUUGCACAAAUAUAUGUUGUUCAGUCUGAGUGAAAAAAAAGGUGCAUUUACGGAAAGAGCAACAAAUUAAAGUAAUAAUCCCAUGCCUUGGAAUCUUAUAAAAUAAAGUAUAUGGAAUUUACUGAAGAGGAAGGAUUAUGGAAUUAUAUACAAAGCUGUACAAUAAAAAAUACAGGGGAAAGAACAAAUGAGGUUUAACAAACAAGGCCAGUACAGAUACAUGUGAUGAAUAAAAAGCAAAUGAUGAUGAGACCACGAACAGAGAAUAUCUUUCCAGGCUUGAACUGCAGAGUAGCAGUGAACAAGAUGGGAUAUGAAAAAGGAGAAAAUCAAAAGUAGCAACAAAGCAUAUAUGAAUGCAAUAGACAUCAGCUGUGGUGAGAAAGAGAAAUAAAGAGAAAACUAGGGAACAAAUUAGGUUGCUCUUUGGGCACUGAAUCCAAGUUCAAAAAGGGAGAAGAACAAAUCUGUAUGUAACUAUACUAAUAUUAUGAAUUCAGUUUUCUUACAGUAAAACAAUUGCCGUAUUUUACGGACUAUAAGAUGCUACGGACUGUAAGAUGCCAUAAACUAUAAGAUGCACCUUAAUUUUGUAAGCAUUUUUUAAAAUAACUACCGUUUUUAUUAUUAGAUUGCAAGGUCAUAUUAAAAAAAAUACUUAACCCUAGAAAUCAUUAUCUCCUAGUUCUGGCCAUUUUACAUUCAGUCCUCUAUUUGCACAUUUAAUCUUCUUCAUUUUUUUUUUCAGUUCUUCUUUACUAGCCUGCCAAUUGAAAAUGGUUUUCUUUCUUGGUGGAGGGUGGCUGAAAUCCUCUGUUUCCAUAUUCUUUUGCUUAUGCUUUUAUUUUCAAUUUAUGGCCCACAUCAUGUGAACACCUUUUAUUUUUUUUUCAUUAGUAAGCUAGCUACUAAAAAAAAAAUGUACUGUCACUGAUAACACAAAUCACUUCCAAUUCAAGUUCACUGGCACUGUUGACUGUAGUGAUGCAUCAUAUGCUAGAUAGGUCCUGGAUUUGUGAUGGCAGGGUGGGAGGGAGACAGUGUUAGCAUUCUUGUGACUCCCCGCAAUUCAUGUUCAUCGGAUUGGGGCACUGCUGCUGCCAGUUGAAUCCAGUAAUGCCAAAUAGAGAUAAGUUUUCUGCAGCAUCAAAGACUGGCAAGAACUGUAAAUCAAACACUGGAAAAUCUUUGUAUUAAUUUCAAGUAUAAGACAUACCAGAAUUUUGGAGGUUACUUUUCGAAGAAAAAAUGUGUCUUAUAGUCAUUAAAAUAUUGUACGCAUUCCUUUACCCAUCUUUAUCCAGCUGCAACCCCACAAUUACAACUUAUAAGCAGACCCAGCAUGAAACUGCGAACUUAUGUUCUCCCUCCCUCAUCACUAGCCAGCUCAGUGGCUCACAAAGAAAGAAGGCUAGGUAGAAAUAAACAAACAAAAAAUUGGGUGACUGCAGUAAAGUGUAAGAGAUGGGCAGCUAAAUUUGAAUGAGAACAAGAACUGCUAUAUCAAAACAACAGGAUAUGUAGGUAAGAGAGGACCUGCAAAACAGUAAGAAAAAAGGAAUCCAUAUAAUAUAGAUGAGGUAAGAAUAAAUAGAUUACUGAGAAGUUUAUGAUGACAGCUCUACCAGACUUUUAAAUUUUGUGAUGAUGUGAUCACUUUGUAACCAUUGCCUCCAUAACUAUUUUCUAUAUCUCAUUGUAACUGUUGACUCCAUAACUAUUUUCUGUGAAAUAUAAAUGUGCAGCAGUGAUCCAUGUAUAAUAUAGGACUGACUCAUAUUUCCGAAAAUAACUUUUUAUAUGUCUUUAUAUUCGCAAAUGAAGUCAUUGUUUGCAACAAGACGUGUGUUGUACACUGAUAAUUGUUAUUCUUUAUCGGUUAUCAGUAUACUGUAUAAACAUUUACAGUGAGUAAUCAGUAAACAGCAGCUACUUAUCACUAUGAGAAAAGCCCCAGCUUUUUGAUUGUAGUGGCUUUUCAUUAACUGUAUGAAAUGUUCAAUCAGUACCUUCAUAAGGAUGAAUAGAGUGUAGCAGUUUACAUUCAAUAAUAAUAAACUGUUAAGACAGCCUAUAGAAACAAA